GAGAUAUUAUAGCCGUGAUACUACGCACAUAAUUUUUCAGGCACUGGUACUAUUUACUGAACUGGGAGAAACUAAACACGAUCAACCCCACAUCCGUUUAGCUUCGGCUAUCAUGAUGUUUGACGCCAUCAUCCGCAGUAGUUUGGGGGCAGUGAUUCAGUCGGAUUGUUUUGCCUCUCCUCUUGCGUAUUUAAAACCAAUCAGUUGUUACUCUAGUACUACGCGGAUAUCGCAGUGGAAGCAACGUCGAUGUCAGAGCUCAAACCUAUCAUCUUCUAUGACAUUCCCAGUGUCGUGGAGGGUCAACCAUGGUCUCCAAAUACGAUGAAAACAAGAUACUGUCUCGCCUUCAAGGGUCUGCCCUUCGAGACCGUCUGGCUCGAGUUUCCGAAGAUCAGGCCCUUCUAUGAGCAGAAUUCUCUUGCACCUACCGCCUUGCGGGACAUCAAGGGAAUCCCAACACCCGUGUACACACUUCCUGUCAUCAUGGAUCCCAAUACGAAUAGGUUGAUUGGAGACUCCUUUGCGAUCGCACAGUACCUUGAUGAGCAAUACCCCGAUACACCGAAAGUACUGCCAAAUAACACAGCUGCGCUGGUGCACGUCUUUCACACCGCAUUCUAUAACGCGACAAAGGGCGUUGUCAUGCUGGGCUGUUUUAAAGGUGCUCAGAAGCUCAAUUCCGAGAGCAAAGAGUACUAUGUUCGUACUCGUCCGGAGUGGUUCGGCAUUCCAUGGGAGCAGUUUGCACCGCCCGAGAAGAGAGAGAAACAGUGGAGUCUAUUGCAGGCUGGAUGCAAUACCGUGGACGGGUGGUAUGCGAAGAGCAGCGGUCAAUUUAUAUUGGGGGAUACACCGUGUUUUGCUGACUUCAUGGUUGCGGGGCUAUGCAAGUGGAUACAGUACUGCUUUGAGAAUCAGGAGUGGGAAGAACUUAAGAGCUGGAACGGAGGGCGAUGGGGGAGACUGGCGGAGGCGACUGACAGGUAUCUUGAUUGUUCAAAGUAGUUCCGUUGAGCGUGAUGCGCUCGGCUUACUUAUAAAACACAAAUGACACGAGUAGGAAGCAGUUAUAAUUAUGAA